AUAUCACCUUUACAUUUUCGUUGGUCUCUUCUGGAACCCCGUUUGAUGCAACAUUCACAGACGCAUAAUGCGUUCUCCUUUACCAUCUUCUCCAGGUUGUCAGCCCUCUCGUCUAUUUUAACCGCGUAAUUCCGUGGAUGAUGUUCGCGUGCAGAUCAUGAAGGGCGAUAUCAUUUCGCUUCAUCUUGUGGGCAGGGUUUUAUUUGGGUCUGUUCACUGCGAUAUCCGAAUCACUCAAAACCACUUCCGCAUCAGUCAGCAUUUCGUCCUCAGAUGAGUCAGGGCCAAGGGGAUGUCUGUCGAGACCUGAGCCCUAGGACCAUGCCUCAGGACUACCUGGCAAGAUGACUCCUUGCUGUCCCCAGUCCACCUAGCCAUGCUGCUGCUCCAGUUUCAACUGUUCUGCCUGUGGCUAUGUAACCCUGACCUGUUCACCGGAUGUGCUACCUGUCCCAGACCUGCUGUUUUCAACUCUCUAGAGACAGCAGGAGCGGUAGAGAUACUCUCAAUGAUCGGCUAUGAAAAGCCAACUGACAUUUACUCCUGAGGUGCUGACUUGCUGCAACCUCGACAACUACUGUGAUUAUUAUUAUUUCACCAUGCUGGUCAUUUAUGAACAUUUGAACAUCUUGGCCAUGCUCUGUUAUAAUCUCCACCCGGCACAGCCAAAAGAGGACAGGCCACCCCUUGUAGCCUGGUUCCUCGCUAGGUUUCUUCCUAGGUUUUGGCCUUUCUAGGGAGUUUUUCCUAGCCACUGUGCUUCCUGCAUUGCUUGCUGUUUGGGGUUUUAGGCUGGGUUUCUGUACAGCACUUUGAGAUAUCGGCUGAUGUAAGAAGGGCUAUAUAAAUACAUUUGAUUUGAUUUGUUUAACACCCCUACUCAUACAGUAAGUGACCACAGAUAGUCAGGACACCCUUUUAAUGUCCCAUCCAAAGGACAGAACCCCACAAAGGAUAAUGUCCCCAAUAACUGCCCUGGGAUCAGAGGAAAGAGUGCCUCCUACUCACACACCAACACAACUUCAAGAAGCAUCUGGUCUCCCAUCCAGGUACCAACCAAGACCAACCCUGCUUAGCGUCAGCGGUAAUCCAGCAGUGGAAUGCAGGGUGGUAUGCUGGUUGCUGCAAAUGCUCUGCAGAUUCUAUGAAAUUCUACUACACUUCAAACACAAGCGUUGAAAGUCUUCAGAAAUGGUGGUUUCUUUACCAGAUAGAUUCCAGGGCCUGUAUCCACAAAGAAUCUUAGAAAAGGUUCUAGGAAUCCUGUUAAAACCUGUUUUAAGAAGAAGAAAAAUCCCAGUUCAGAGAAGGUUGUAGGAUGAUGUUAAGACACUGCCCAGACAAAGUCUAAACCAGCAGUAAAAUCAACCAGAGAUUUGGAUAUAAUGAGGUUUAAUGGCGUUUGGAAUCCAAUAAAUGUUGCAUUGCCGCCACCAAUUAGACUGGGGUAUAAAUCCCUUAUACUUUGCAAGGAAUAAACGGAAACCGGAAAAUAUAAAUAGAAAAUGCCCUGCCAUCUAACCCUACAUUCAUUGAAAAGCCACCACCCUAUUCCACUAUUUAAACCUAUCUUGUCCUACCUCAGGCCAAUGGCCUGGGAGGACGGGACUCCACCACUCAACACACCAUCUAACUCUUCUGACGUCAAAUCUCGUACACCUGCCACAACCUCUAUUUUCUGUGACUAACGUUCCAUCUCUGUGGUACAGUUGAUAACCAUCACUAUGCACGCUAAAAAGCCAAUCUUACAGAAGCAUAUACACAACAUGACUAAAAGUAUGUGGACACCUGCUCAUCGAACAUCAUUCCAAAAUCAUGGGCAUUAAUAUGGAGUUGGUCCCCCUUUGCUGCUAUUACAGCCUCCACUCUUCUGGGAAGACUUUCUACUAGAUGUUGGAACAUUGGAAGCAAGUUCCUGCAGUAUUCAGCCACAAAAGCAUUAGUGACAUCGUGCACUGAUGUUGGGUGAUUAGGCCUGGCUUGUAGUCGCAGUCACCUGAAAUGCAUUUAAUUAACAGGUGUGCCUUGUUAAAAAGUUCAUUUGUGCUAGCUGUGCCACUAGAGAUCCUGGUUCGAGUCCAGGCUCUGUGGCAGCUGGUCGUGACCAGGAGACCCAUGGGGCGGCGCACAAUUGGACCAGCGUCAUCUGGGUUAGGGGAGGGUUUGGCCGGCAGGGAUGUCCUUGUCCCAUCGCGCUCUAGCGACUCCUGUGGCAGGCUGGGCGCAUGCACGCUGACACGGUCACCAGGUGUACGUGGUUUCCUCCAACACAUUGGUGUGACUGGCUUCCGGGUUAAGCGGGCAUUGUGUCAAGAAGCAGUGUGACUUGGCUGGGUUGUGUUUCAGAGGACACACGGCUCUCGACCUUUGCCACUCCCGAGUCCGUACGAGUUGUAACGAUGAGACAAGACUAACUACCAAUUGGAUACCACAAAAUUGGGGAGAUAAAGGGUAAAUAAAAUAGUUUUAAAGAUGUCUUUAACUCCUAAUAUGUUUGAGACAAUCAGUUGUGUUGUGACAAAGGAGGGGUGGGAUACAGAAGAUGGUCCUAUUUGGUAAAAGACCAAGUCCAUAUUAUGGCAAGUGUAGUAUCUGGGAUCUACAUCUGUUUAUAUUAGUUACUAUGCUGUUACUAAGCAGUGAUGUAUUACGACAGUGUACGUUACUACACCUAAUAGGAAAUGCACAUGCGCACUAGUGUGCCCGGGAAACUGUAGAGCACGAGAGGUUUUGACUAAACGAAAACUGACUGUACUCCCGUCUCCUGCCUUGUUAUUUCUCCACAACACAAAUAUUACAGUGGCGACGAGGUGGUUAAACUUCUUUAACGGACAUUGCUUGAAGGGAAGAAUGUUGCGUGAGUAAUGAAACUCAAAAUAAUUACGUAAUUCGUCAGUUAUUUUUUAUUUUCUUUCGCCAGUAAAAAAAGGCUAAGCACUGCUAGCAGGUACAGUGUUCAGGAGCUGCCAAGUAGCAAGACUAUUGGAGUCCAGAAUAGCGACACUGCCCUCUGGUGGUAAAAUAAAAAAAACUGUCAUUGAACCCAUUGAAAUUAGGCGAUCUCAGUGGAGAAAUAUUAUCAAGAAAGAAAAAAAAGGAAGAAGGAACGUAACACGGUGUGUACAUUAUUACAAAUGAGUGCAGUGAAUGAAGAAAUUGCAGAAACUUCUGAAGUGAAGAAUUAGAGGACAAUUAAGGAAUACAAGGAAUAAGGAAACUGAACAAUUAACUGUGAAAAUGGCAACCAUUGGUCGAGUACCAGAGUUUGAGUCUACAAAAGAGGAUUUUGAUUCCUAUUUGGAGCGUUUUGAGCGUUGGCUGGCUGCAAAUGAAAUCAAAGAGGAAAAGAAAGCAGACGUAUUUCUCAGUGUUUUGGGUCCAACUGAGUAUGGAUUGCUAAAAGGUCUCAUUGAACCAAUAAAAGCAGUGGAGUUGAACUAUGCAGAACUGACUGAAACUCUUUCAAGGCAUUUCAAGCCUAAGCCAAUUCUCAUUGCAGAACGUUUCAGAUUUUACCAACGUCACCAGAGUCAAGGGGAAACCGUGGCUGACUACAUCCUUGCUUUGAAAAGGCUGGCAAGUACAUGUGAGUUUGCACAAUUUCUUGAUGAUGCUCUUCGAGACAAGUUUGUAUGUGGUCUCACAGGUGAAGCAUAUCACAGAAGGCUUCUGUCAGAGAAGGACCUGACCUUUCGGAAAGCCUGUGAUAUCGCACUUGGACUCGAGCUUGCCCACAGGGAUACUAUUGAGCUAUCAGGAUAUGCAGAACGUCAGAAAGGUGUUCACAAGGUCAGUGAUGCACGUGGUGAAAAAGGCUCACAAAAGUCACACUUUUCUCAGUCCCGUCCUCAAGGUUACACAAGAACAAAGCAGCCCACAUCUCAAAGGUCUAAGCCAAGUUGCUACAGAUGUGGGGGAGAUAAUCAUCAGCACAGUGAAUGUCGAUUCCAAAAUGUAAAGUGCCACAAUUGUGGAAAGGUUGGACAUUUACAGAAAGUGUGUAAAGCCUCAAAACACACAGCAAGAGCGCACAAAGUACUGUCCACAGUGUACACAGCUCAACAACAAAAAGAUGGAAUCUAUCUCAAAAUGGAGUUCGCGGGAAAACCGGUAAAAAUGCAGCUGGACACCGGAGCGUCUGUAUCUCUGGUUCCAGAGAGACUCUACAAAGAAAAACUGAAAAAGUGCCCUCUUCAGCCAGCGUCCAUCCGCCUUUCUUCAUACACUGGUGACACUAUUCCUGUGUUAGGGCAGAUCCAGGUACCAGUCCGGUAUGAGGGGAAGGAGUGGACGCUACCGCUUGUCAUUGUUAAAGGAGAAAAAUCAGCCUUGCUAGGCAGAAACUGGCUACAAAAGAUCAAGUUGAACUGGGGAGAAAUCUUCAGUCUGAGAAAGGACAAACCAGUGAGUCAGGCUACACUCACUAACAUGCUGGAGAAGCACAAAGAACUUUUCAAAGUUGGCUACGGCGAAAUACAAGACUUCACAGCAAAAGUCAGAGUGCAAGAAGGAACCAAGCCUAUCUUUCACAAACCACGUCCAGUUCCCUGUGCUCUUAAGGAAGCAGUAGAGAAGGAACUGGACCGCCUACAGAAGAAUAACAUAAUCACGAAAGUAGCGAAGAGCGACUGGGCCGCACCGAUUGUUGUAGUCCCAAAGAAAGACAAGACCGUCAGAAUGUGUGGUGACUACAAGGUCACAGUAAAUCGCUGCAUACUACCAGAGGAAUAUCCACUACCAAACGCUGAAGAUCUGUUUGCCACUCUAGCUGGUGGGAAGGUUUUCAGUAAGCUGGACCUGGCAUUCGCUUAUCAGCAACUGAAGCUGGAUCCGGAGUCAGAACAGUAUCUGACCAUCAAUACACACAAGGGGCUAUUCAGAUUCAAUCGCUUGGCCUAUGGAAUCUCGACAGCUCCAGCGAAAUUCCAACACACAAUGGAUCAGAUCUUGGACGGUAUAGACAACGUUGUGUGCUUCAUGGACGACAUCCUCGUGUCAGCACCAACCAUUGGAGAGCACCUUAUAUCUCAGAGCUGAGGUCAUUUUUGGGGCUCCUGAACUAUUACUGAAAGUUUGUGGCAAACUUGUCCACAUUGUUGCAUCCGCUUCACCAACUGCUGCAGGCCGAUACAAAGUGGAAUUGGUCCCCACAAUGCGAAGAAGCAUUCAAGACUUGCAAACAGCGUCUGCUAAAGAGCAAGUGGCUUUCCCACUACAACACAGAGAUGAAGCUGAGACUCGCGUGUGAUGCAUCUCCAUACGGAGUAGGAGCCGUCAUCUCACAUGUUCUAUCGUCAGGUGAAGAACACCCUAUUGCAUUUGCAUCACGGACUCUGUCACCAAGUGAGAGAAAAUAUGCUCAAAUUGAGAAGGAAGCCCUGAGCAUAAUAUUCGGAGUGAAGAAGUUUCACAAAUACCUGUACGGAAGGAAGUUCCAACUGCUGACAAAUCACAAGCCUCUGUUGGCCAUCCUUGGACCAAAAUCAGCUAUACCAACCCUUGCUGCACUUCGAAUGCAACGUUGGGCUCUGAUAUUGUUAGCCUACGACUACGAGAUUGAGUACAGACGAUCCAGUGAUCACGCAAAUGCAGAUGCACUAUCAAGACUACCAUGCAAUAGUGACUCCGACAGUGAAGAUGAUAGAGCAGUCUUCCAGAUCUCUCUCAUUGACGAACUGCCCAUAUCUGCUUCAGACAUAGCAGAGGAAACAAGGAAAGAUCCAGUGCUUUCCAAAGUCUUGGACUUAACAUUAGGAGGUUGGCCAAACUUCGUAAAUGACGAUAACCUUCGUCCAUUCAUCGACAGGAAAGACCAGUUGUCCACUGAUCAAGGAUGUGUUCUGUGGGGAUCAAGGGUGGUGGUACCUCACAAAUUCCAGCGGAGACUGCUAUCUGACCUGCAUGAGGGACAUCCAGGGAUCACUCGAAUGAAAGCACUCGCUCGCAGUUAUCUGUGGUGGCCUGGACUGGAUCAGGACAUUCAACAGCAUGUAGGCCACUGCUCACCUUGUGAAGCUGUUCGCAACAAGCCUGCUGCUGCACCUCUUCAUCCAUAGUCCUGGGCUGCGACACCUUGGGAACGCAUCCAUGUGGAUUACGCCGAGAUUGACAAGCAACAUUUCCUUGUUGUCGUCGAUGUCCAUUCCAAGUGGAUGGAAGUGUUCCCUACUCAACUGACCACAGCUGAGAAGACCAUCAAUCUUCUCAGACACCUGUUCGCAUCCUUUGGACUAUUUAAGGAGCUCGUAUCGGACAAUGGCCCUCCUUUCACGUCAAACGAUUUUGAAAUGUUUCUCAAAAACAAUGGAGUAAGGCACAUCCUGUCACCACCUUACCAUCCGGCAUCAAACGGAGCUGCGGAGAGAGCCGUGCAAACCUUUAAGAAGGCCUGGACUAGACUCGAGGUUCAGUCUGUGCCCACCCAACAAAGGCUUCCCCGGUUCCUGUUUACUUACCGCAACACACCACACACAGUAACGGAAUGUACACCAGCUGAACUGUUUCUGAGACGCCAACCACGUACCCGCCUGACAUUGUUGAAACCAGACUUGUCAAGCACUGUGGCAAAGCACCAGCUACAGCAGAAGAAAGCUCAUGACAGACACAAAGACUGUCAGAGAAUUCAAAGAGGGAGAGAGGGUGAUGGUACGUGAUUUCAGACACCCCAAGAGCCUGUGGAACUCAGGUGUGAUCUUGCAACGCAAAGGACCUUUGACUUACCAAGUCCAAAUUGGUCAUCGCCAGGUCAACGUUCAUGUGGAUCAUCUGCUACGGUCCAACGCCCCAGCAGAGACACGCCGAGAGAACAAUAACGACCCCCAGGACUAUUCUCCUGACUGUGGACGUACGGGAGAGACAGAGCCUGACCUUCCACCCGAACCUGGCCCACCACCGGAAGCCCAGGAGGAGCGGAGAUAUCCUAUUCGACAGCGAAAGGCACCUCAAAAGCUUGACCUGUGAGUUGAGCUGUUUGAGGUAACAGACAGUAAAACAAACAAACACUUUAAGAUGUCCUAGAUAAAAGGAAAGAAAAAGGACAUUACCUGGGUUAGUUAUCAGGACACAAACUCCAUCUUCGGGGCAGAAUAAUCCCCUGGAUUUGUGCUGGGCUCUGAAAAGUCUGCUUCAACCCAGUAGUUGAAAAAUGUUAAGAAUGCAUUGUUCAGAUAUUGCAUUAGUAGUUCCCUAAUAUAUUUACCUUGUUCUCUGGGAAUUAAACACUAUGGGGGAGGAGUGUAGUAUCUGGGAUCUACAUCUGUUUAUAUUAGUUACUAUGCUGUUACUAAGCAGUGAUGUAUUACGACAGUGUACGUUACUACACCUAAUAGGAAAUGCACAUGCGCACUAGUGUGCCCGGGAAACUGUAGAGCACGAGAGGUUUUGACUAAACGAAA